AUGGAUGCCAGCGUUAGCAACAUCACUUACCAAGGGAAGGACCUUGACUCCCUGGAGCUCGGCGGACAGAUUGCUUGGGCGGAGCCAAACCUCAUGGAGCGAGUGCAAGGCUACAUGGUCUACCUGUCCGUCUUGUCGGAUGGCACCGGCAGGUCGCAGGUUGGUGGCGAAGUUCCAGCAGGCACCUACGACACAGCUCUGUUCCCGGAACAGCCGCGUGGGUCCUUUGACUUCUUCACAGUGCCUCGGCCGCCCACGCUGGUUGUGAGAUCAUUUUACAAAUCGCUCAGUGAAAAGCAGUCCAGCCUUGUGGAACAGACCACGCCUGUAUACCUCGCAAUAGAGGACGAAGUUUCCUAUGCCCGCAACGUGAGCUUCAUCGAUGAUGACCUGGACGAGCUCGAGAUAGGCAUCGCAUGGCAGUGCUCUCCGGGCGGCUGGCUGCAGUGGAGAGCUCCGGAAGAUUUCAGCGAAGUCACCCACUACAUCGUGUACUUGGCUGAAAAUGAAGCCGGCUCGAACCGCAGCCUCUUGGGAAACGUCACUGUUGGGACGCACGAGUUCCUGGUGCCCGCAGAUAUCGGCUUGGAAUCUUUCAAGCUUCUCCAGCUUCAAGCAUUUAGAAGUCCAGGGCAGCGUGGGGUUACGAGCUUUCAGGUUUUGAUUCGAGGGCUUAGAACCUUGGAUUUGGGGCCGAAACUUGUCGAUUCCAAGUCUCUGGAUUUUUACAUGAGGUUUCCAGCGAGGCAAAGACUGUGGGUUGAGGAUCUCAAGCCUGAAAUCGAUGUCAACAUAGCGCACUGGCUUGAACCAAAGCCCACAUGUUUUUGA